CCGGCAUCCCCGCGCAGAACUUCGCUCCCUGUGCGCCGCAGCACGAGUCGCUGUUGUCGCCUCCUCCUCUACUUGUCAUUGCCCUGAUUCAAACGAGCGCUUUUCCCACCCUUCUCUCUCCCUCUCCCUCUUUUCCAUUCCUCGCCUGUUGCCGUCUUCGAUAACUCUUCCUCGUUAUUUUACCUGGCCUAGGGUCCUACUAAAACCGCCUCUCCUCCGACCCCUUCCUACCCAGGUUUCUGUCGUAGUCGUCGCGUUGACACAAUCCCAUCCUCGGGAAACGUGAUCAUCUCCAGAUCGCAUUCACUGUUGAGAGCGACGUAAUUACCCCGCGACCUGUACGACUCGUAUCGACAGGCAGUCUACAUCAUAACUGCCCUCACGGCCGCCAUACUAUAGUCCGCCACCGCAUCGAUAGAGGGUACAAUACGCGGGCCGGCCAUCAUCGCGACCUCCACGACACAGACCACUUGCUUCGACCUCGCAGUGAGCGUCCGCAAUUACUGCCACCACCCGUCGCUACGAGAAGUGCUGCUCCUACUACCGCGACCAUGGCCGACGAAUCCAAGUUCGCCAAUGGGGCGCCGCCCUCCGUCGCGGCGAAGUCGAAGGCGACCAAAGAGAAAGAGUUGUAUCCCAUGUCGGAUUGGAAGUAUGAUGCUUUCCUCCACACCUUCUCCGUCUUGGUUGACCUGUUCUUUCGAGAGGUCCACCCCCGCGGCGCUUGGAGGGUGCCCAGGUCCGGCCCCAUCCUCUUCGUCGCUGCGCCGCACGCGAAUCAAUUCGUCGACGGCCUCGUUCUGCAACGAACGCUCAAGAAUGAGGCGAAGCGCCGCGUCGGCCUCUUGAUCGCCGAGAAAUCCGUGCACGGUUUCAUCGGAUGGGGAUCGCGCCAGACCGGCUCCGUCCCGGUCGGCCGCGCUCAAGACAAGGCGAAACCGGCUUCAGGCCUCAUCUACCUUCCCGAUCCUAUCAACGACCCGACCUUGGUACGGGGCAUCGGCACCAAUUUCGAGAAGGAGGCCGGAGUCGGUGGCUUGAUCUUCUUGCCUUCCGCGAAGGGCCAGUCCGGCAGCUCCGUCGACAUCUCCGCCAUCAACGGCCCCGAGGAAUUACGGGUCAAGCGGCCGUUCAAGGGGAAGCUCGCCAUGCAGCAACUCACCGGCCGGGACGACAUAGACGAAAAAGGAAACCUGACCAACCGGGAAUUGCGUGGGCACGGAGACGGUUACGAAGGCACCAAAUUUAAGCUGGCUCCCCACAUCGACCAGACCGAGGUAUACAAGGCCGUCUUCAACCGCCUCAGGUCGGGCGGUUGUAUCGGGAUCUUCCCUGAGGGGGGUAGUCACGAUAGGACCGAGCUAUUGCCGCUCAAGGCCGGCGUCGCUAUCAUGGCUUUGGGUACCCUGGCCGAGGACCCGGACUGCGGCCUGCAGAUUGUCCCCGUCGGCAUGAAUUACUUCCAUGCUCACAAGUUCCGGUCGCGGGCCGUCGUCGAGUUUGGCGCGCCGUUUCAGAUCCCUCGGGACUUGGUUGAGAAGUACAAGAACAACGAGAGGAGGGACGCGAUCGGCCAAACGCUCGACAUGGUUCACCAGGCUCUGAGUGCUGUCACGGUAUCCUCUCCGGAUUACGACACCCUGAUGUGCAUCCAAGGGGCUAGGAGGCUGUACAAUACCGGAAAGAAGCUGCCUCUGCCGAUGGUGGUGGAGCUCAACCGGAGGCUCGCCGUGGGCUUCUCGAAAUACAAGGACGACCCACGCAUCAUCGACCUGAUGGACAAUGUCAAAGACUACAACAAGCAGCUGCGCUACCUGAACAUCAGAGAUCACCAGGUAGCCUACGCCAAGAUGACCCUCCCGACUGUCGUCUUCACCCUCCUAUAUCGGGUAUUUAAGCUAUCACUGCUCUCCGUCGGCGUGAUCCCCGGGCUUGUCCUCUUCGCCCCCGUCUUCGUCGCCACCAAGUUCAUCAGCCACAAGAAGGCGAAGGAAGCGCUAGCGGCUUCGUCCGUCAAGGUCCAGGGCCGGGAUGUCAUGGCAACGUGGAAACUUCUCGUGGCGAUGGCGUUCGCUCCCGUGCUCUACAACCUCUAUACCGUCCUACUCGCCGUCAAGGUGUACCAAGACCACCUAUGGGGUUACAUGCCGGAGUGGGUACCGCUCUGGCUAGUCUUCGUCGGCGGUUGGAUUUUCUUCCCGGCAAUCACGUUCGCCGCCUUGCGAUUCGGCGAGGUCGGCAUGGAUAUCCUCAAGUCGCUGAGGCCGCUGGUUUUAUGCAUCAGCCCGACGUCAGCCUACAGCAUCCACAAGCUGCGGGAGCGGAGAGCGGAGCUGUCCGAGAAGGUGGUGAAGGUGAUCAAUGACCUCGGCCCCGACAUGUACGAGGACUUUGAGCAUAGCCGUCUCAUGCCCGAGCCGUCCCGCGAGGACGGUGCGCUCGGCUCGCCGAAGGAAGCCGGAAUCGUGGACGCGGCGGAGCCGACCCCGCCAGAGUCUCCUCGCCUUUCGAGGAAGAACACGACGCGUUCGAGCCGGGCGAUCCCGAGAAACGAGUCUUUCAGCAACAUUGGCGCCAUUGGUAUGUUCGCGACGCGGCCUUCGUCUCGGUCGAGAAGCAGGAGCAGCAGCAGCGGCGGCGCUUUCGGGUCCGGAGGAUUCCCGGUGUCGGGUUUCACGUCGCUGGAUUCGAAGGAGGGGUUUAACGAGGCCAGCAACAAAAUUAGAGCAGCGAUGCGGGAGAGGGGGCAGCUGCGCAGGAGGAAGAGUGGAUUGUCGUCAGACGGCGAAAGCUAGA